GACAGCAAUAAAGUUGGGAUGCAGAUGUGGUAAAUGACUCUUCUGGAGAGAAGGGAACAACAUUCAUGAGCCGCUGGUGUGGUUGCCACAGGUGAAAGAGCUACUGUUAAUAUAGAAGGGUAUCAGAAAAAAACAAAUGGGUCAGUUUUUUCACUGCAAGCCUGAGAAGGCUGGUAGCAAAGAUGACUGUAGCCUCUGCUCAGAGGGAGCUAAAACACUGCUGGAAUUCGCUGUCCUCUCCCCGGUGUUCCUCUUUCUCUCCUCUGCUAAAUGAUCCAAGGUCUCUCUCAUAAGCUUCAGAAGCUGAAGAUGGCCAACAGCUGAAAAUCAGAGUGUGCUUUUGUUCACACUGACAAUACUCUAUCACAUAGAUGUUGAAGGCUGAUCUGUUGCUUUUAAAACCUGCUAGAGUUAAUAACUGGAACUGUAGUUGCCCCUAGGCAGGCAGUACUGCUAAGAAGCAGUAAUGUGUGCUCCACACUUCAAUUCUCUUGACCCAAAGUCUUUGCAGCCAACAGUUUUUCUGAUAUUGGGGGGUGGUUGGUUGUUUUCCUUGGGAGUGUUUGGGUUUGGUUUUCUUGGGGUAUUUAAGUUAAAUGGGUCAGUAGGUGACUGUUACCUCCUUGAAAGUUGGCACAGCUCUACUUUUUAAGUUUCUUAUUGAAACGCUUACAUCUGAAUCCCAUGAAGUCGUACUGAGCAGCAGCCUGGAAGACUGGUGUCUCCUCUGCGCAGUCAUGGCUGUAAUACGCUGCCUGAAGAACGGGUCUCACAGGGUGCUUCAUAGUUUGUUUUUCCGGGAUUUCCACCCGGAGUUGACAACUGAAGGCAUCUUUUAGGAACGAGAACUAGUGCAGUCCCUGAGUUACUUAGCAACCUGCAGAGUUUGUUACGGCUAAGGACUUAGAACUGGGGCAUCUCCAUCUAGUUAGCGGUAGAUCGUUGUUUGGAAGAGCUGCUAUCCUGUACUUGCCUUACAGAGAUGGCACCGAUGUCUCUUGACAUCAUUUCAUCCAUCAGAGUUUCAGAGGAAAAAAAAAAAAUCGAACCCACCCAGUCUGCGAGCAGCCCGCACCAGCCCUUCAGUUCUGCCGGGACUGCCGGGAAGAGCUGGAGCGGGGCAAAGAUGAGGGAUGGGAGCGGGGCUGAGCUCCUUGUCCUGAAGGACUGGGCGCGGGGCGAAUCGAGAGGAAGCCGUGGCGAUGGGCCGGCCGGCACCCCCCGAGCCCCGGGCGGGCAUCAGUGAGUCCCGCGGCCACGCGUGGGGAGGCGGCGGCGCUUGACCCACGGGAAACGAGGAGCCCUCUAGGUGCGUGUGCUCCCGCCGGCCCUCGCUGUUCCAUGGGCCUUCUGCUCCCCGCGACAGACCUGAUGUGGAGGGAAGCGUUUCUAAUAUGAACUUUCUCCCUGGGAUCUGGUGGUCUCUUCCCCUGGUCUUGGUCUGGGCGACCCCACCGGUCAGCUCCUCAUGGUGGUACAUGGGGGCCGUAGGCUCGUCGCGGGUGAUGUGCGACAACGUGCCGGGGCUUGUGAGCCGGCAGCGGCAGCUGUGCCGGCGGCACCCCGAGGCCAUGCUCUCCAUCGGCCGCGGAGUGGCCGCCUGGACGGCCGAGUGCCAGCACCAGUUCCGCAGGCACCGCUGGGACUGCAACGCCCUGGAGCGGGGGCAGCGCCUGCUCGGCCGCGUUCUGCAGCGCAGUAGUCGGGAAUCUGCUUUUGUGCAUGCCAUCUCCUCCGCUGGAGUUGUUUUUGCCAUCACCAGGGCAUGUAGCCAAGGGGAGCUGAAAUCCUGCUCCUGUGAUCCCAAGAAGAAAGGCUCUGCUAAGGACAGCAAGGGCCAUUUUGACUGGGGGGGCUGCAGCGAUAACAUUGACUAUGGCAUUAAGUUUGCCAGAGCUUUUGUGGAUGCCAAAGAACGGAGAGGAAAAGAUGCAAGGGCGCUGAUGAACCUUCACAACAACAGAGCUGGAAGGAAGGCCGUGAAGCGGUUUUUGAAACAGGAGUGCAAAUGUCACGGUGUGAGUGGAUCAUGCACUCUAAGGACCUGUUGGCUGGCCAUGGCAGACUUUAGGAAAACGGGAGAUUAUCUGUGGAAGAAAUACAAUGGAGCGAUUCAGGUGGUCAUGAAUCAAGAUGGCACGGGUUUCACUGUGGCUAAUAAGAGAUUUAAGAAGCCAACUAAGAAUGACCUGGUAUACUUUGAAAGCUCUCCAGACUACUGUAUCAGGGACAGGGAUGUAGGGUCCCUCGGGACAGCCGGCCGGGUUUGUAACCAGACGUCCCGUGGCAUGGACAGCUGUGAGGUGAUGUGCUGUGGGAGAGGCUACGACACGUCCCGUGUCAGCAGGAUGACAAAGUGCGAGUGCAAGUUCCACUGGUGCUGCGCUGUGCGCUGCCAGGACUGCCUGGAAGUGGUUGAUGUUCACACCUGCAAAGCACCAAAGAGCGCUGGCUGGAUCUCCCGUACAUGAUGCGCAGGCUACUGGUGCUUGAGGACCACAGCUUUUGCCCUCCCUGGUCCACGCAGGGAAUAUGCCCAAGGUCUUCUUUACUUUUACGUCAGUUUUGCCUUUGUCUUUCAUUGCGCAGAAGCUGAUGACUAAUCAAUACAAAUUCUGCAGCAUUUGCUUCCCAUUUCUGCAUGACAGUGCUGCUGCUGAGUUGUCUCUGCAUAAACUGAGGCAGCUCUGGAAGGAUGUACUUCUGGCAGGACUCUUCUGACCGACACUCAACUCUCCUUCAGACUCCUUGUGGCUAUUUGUUCCUGCCAUGAGGAACACAGUGAGAUGCAAAGAUGGGGCAUUUUCUGCAAGGCCACCACCACCAACU